CCUUGUGUUGGUGGUGCUUGGUUGCGUGACAACGCUCUCCAAAAUCUUUUGGAUGUGAACCGAUCCCGGAUUAUGAGCCCAAUAUUCUCGAGGGAGGCGUCAUGCCCGACUCUAACUUAGUGAGACCUUGCCUCGAUUUAGGUACCUAUCAUCAUGUCUCGAGCUUUGUUUACCGGCUGGGUGGAGCCCGAUUUUACCCUUAUACAAAGCUAAAGCGUUAAAGGAAAAGAAGAUAGAAGGACCACGAUCGAACUGCUCAAUUGUUGGCCUCCAUUCGGGCAAAUCUCAGGAUGGGGCAAAGUUCAAAGAAGAAGAAGAGGAAGAGUGGUGGAGUAGGGCGGCGCAACAAGUCAUCCAAAUCCAAAGAUCACAAUUCGAUUGGUGACGGUAAUUCUGAAUUGCUUGCCGAAGAGCUCACUGCAUUGUGUGCCAUAUUUCAAGAAGAUUGUGAAGUUGUUUCAGAGUCACCUUCACAGCUUCAUAUCCAGCUCAGGCCAUACUCAAAGGAUGCUGGCUAUGAAGAUUCAGAUGUGUCAGCUAUUCUUUCAGUGAGGUGUUUGCCUGGGUAUCCAUACAAGACCCCAAAGCUUCAGAUAAUACCAGAGAAAGGUUUAUCCAAAGCUGACGCUAACAACCUUUUGUCUUUGCUUUAUGAUCAGGCCAGCUCCAAUGCUCGAGAAGGGCGUGUAAUGAUCUACAAUUUGGUUGAAGCUGCUCAAGAAUUCUUGUCUGAAAUUGUUCCACAGGAGCAUUUGCAUGGAUCGGUUUCAUGCCAGUCGACAGAUAUUACCAGCCAAUUUACUUAUAAGGAUGCGACAGCUUCAUCUGGCGAUACCUGUUCUUUUGGUGGACAAUUUGUAUAUGGCUUUCUAGAUCUUUUUAGUGGCUCAGGUGAGUCGUGGCAUUGGAGCCUGGGAAUGAAUGAUACUGGUUGCAUAGACUCUUUGGUGCAGUCCCAUGUAUCAGAAGGUCUCACACAUGAAUAUGACAAUCAGCAAAAGAAAAUUGACCAAAUUGUGAAGCCAGCAUUGAAUGAAGCAGCAAAGCAAGACUCUUUGCGUAAGGCUGAAAUGAAAUUGGAUGAUCUUGAAGAAGAGAGUGUAGGCGAGAGUAAAAGUUGUAGUGAUUUGAGUAAAAGUUAUACGGAUGAAUCAACUGAAGACCAUGUCAUGUGCAAGAAUAUUUUUUUGGAAGGGAAUAUAUCAGACAGCGGUGAUGCUCAGCGGGAAACUGAACCUAAACCUUCAGAACUGGUGUCCUCUGGAUCUCUGGUCCUGGACCAUUUACCCCACACUCUAGAAAAAGACCUCAUUCUGGCACACUUGCUUCGGCUUGCCUGCGGCGCUAAAGGACCGCUAUCUGAUGCUUUGCCAGAAGUAACAUCAGAGCUCUUUGACCUUGGGAUUGUCUCCAAACGUGUACAAGAUUUGGCAAGCAAACCUUCUUCAAUUUUUGAUGGGACUUUUGAUCGUGUUUUUCAAGCACAUAAGGUGUCAUCAAAGCUCUCACAAUUUUGGAAAGCUUCAUCUGAAUUUGAAGGGCAGAAUUCUUCACCUCCUCAAAACUCUCGUUAUUUGAAUGACUUUGAGGAGCUCCAACCCCUAGGUCAGGGUGGGUUUGGUCACGUUGUGUUGUGCAAGAAUAAGCUUGAUGGGAGGCAAUAUGCAGUGAAGAAGAUUCGAUUAAAGGACAAGAGUCUGCCUUUAAAUGACCGUAUAUUGAGGGAAGUUGCCACACUUUCGCGGUUGCAGCAUCAGCAUGUUGUUCGCUAUUACCAGGCAUGGUUUGAAACAGGCAUCACUCUAUCUUGCGAUGAUUCCAGCUGCGGUUCCAGAACUGUUGUGAGCUCUAGUUUCACCUAUGUGGAUGGAAGUAUGUCGGACCACCUUGGACAGGAGAAUAAGCUCGAGCUGACUUACCUAUAUAUCCAAAUGGAAUACUGCCCAAGCCAAUCAUCCAGUACUCAUUAUCCUCCGCUGUGUCUCCUUUCUUCUAAACUAGAUGGUGUUGCACUGUUGCUUGUCCUCCAUUUGCAGGAUUUAACAUGUCUCCUGCCUUUUCUUAUCCUUGCUCUGGGGUUCUUAAUGUUUCUUGAAGAAAUCAAGCCACUUCCUCAUUUUAGUUAA